AGCCUCCUUUAUUUUGGUUUCAUUGCUUCAUUCUAUGCCAAGCUAAAACCUGGGAAAAAACAAGCAAUAGCAAUGCCUCAGUUCAUCAAUCUUCAGAUUAUCAUUAAUGAUCAACAUGCUUUCUUCCUUCAUGAGAAUAUUAUAUCAGCUUUCUCAGGAAGGUUGAAGAAGAUCAUUAGGAAACAAAAGAGAAAAACACAGAUUGAAAAUUACGUUAUAGAGCUCAAUGAUUUCCCUGGAGGACCAGAUGGGUUUGAGCAAGUUGCAAGGUUCUGUUAUAGCUAUGGUGGAGUUGAAAUCACAGUUUCCAAUGUACCUCUCUUUUAUUGCUGUGCAUUUUUUCUUGGCAUGACUGAGAAAACAUCAGCCAACAAUCUCUUGAGACAAACAGAUAAGUUCCUUGAAGGGAUGUUUGAUUGGUCUUGGACUGAUUUAAUCAUGAGCCUAAGGAGUUGUGAGCCAUUCUUUUCAUAUGCAGAUUCAUAUGGUCUAAUCCAAAAGUUUAUUUUUGCAUUGUUAGCAAAGAUUGCUCAGAACUCAGAUAUGAACUUCAUAACAUCUUCUUCAUCAUCAUCUUCACCUGAGACAAGUUUUGGGUUCAGAUUCUCUUCAACAUCCAAAGCCUCUCCUGAGUCAGCUAGUCCAUGUACUAAAUCAGGCAAGGAUUGGUGGUUUGAUGACUUGACAAUACUAAGUCCAAAGAUUAUAGAAAAAAUCAUUAGGAACUUGGGUGCUUAUGGGAACCAAAAUAACAGUUUUACACUCACAAGGUUCCUUCUCCAUUACCUCAAAAGCAGACCCCAAGGUUCACCAACCUCAAAAUCUGAAUAUGGUGGUCUGGCUGACACAGCUGUUCAUGGGGUUAUCCUAGUGGGGAAAACCAAAUUUUCUUGCAGGAAACUUUUCUGGGUAUUGAGACUUGUAUCUGGUUUUAGCCUCAGCAAAGACUAUAGGGCAGGGUUGGAGAGAUUGAUUGGUGAGAAUCUUGAUGAAGCAACUGUAGAUGACUUGUUGGUAUCUGGACAUAACAAGGGUGUUUAUGAUGUCAAUCUGGUAAUAAGAUUGAUUACAGUGUUUGUUAAUAGUGAAGGGGUGAAUUCAGAGAAGAUGAAGAAGCUUGGAAGAUUAAUAGAUAAGUAUUUGAGAGAAAUAUCUCCUGAUCAGAACCUCAACACCUCUAAGUUCCUUGCAGUUGCUGAGAGUUUACCACAUUCUGCUAGAGAUUGUUUUGAUGGGGUCUAUAGAGCUAUUGAUUUCUAUCUUCAGUCCCAUCCUACACUUUCUUUUGAAGAUAGAUCAAGGCUUUGCAGAUGUCUCAGCUAUGAAAAGCUCACAUUUGAAGCAAGCAAAGAGCUAGCCAAGAAUCCAAGAAUCCCACCAAAUAUUUCAGUUCAAGCACUCAUAUCACAGCAAUCUAAAGUACCCCAGAAUGAGUUAAUGUUAUAUGGGAGUAAUCCCAAAGGCAGCCGGGUGUUGUACCAUGAUAGCAUAGAUUCAUCAUCAGCAGAGAAUUUUUCAGAAGGGACUGAAUAUAUGAAACUAAAUUUGCAAAAGAUGCAAUGGAGAGUGGUAGAGUUAGAGAAAGCGUGUAAGGAAAUGAAGGGGCAGAUGUCAAAGUUGGUAAGGCAUAACAGUGCCAUCACCCCUUGCUACAAUGCAACUUUGCCGAGAUUUUGUUGAAGUUCUUUGUAUAAUUACUGAAGGGGGUUAGUGUUUGAUAAAUUGAAGCCAAGAUUUGAGAAAAUGCAUGAUUACAUUGAAAAAGUAAAUAAGUUUUUUCUUUUUGGUUUGAGAAAUUGUAUGAUUACUUGAAAAGUAAAUAAUUUUACAUUGUAAUUGUAUUUUAUCCUUUAAAAAUUUAACAUAAAUAUCUAAUUAUAAAAUUCAAAUAUGGUGAAUAUCUUAAUUAUAUGUUUUCUUAUAAAAAUAUGAAUGGGAAAGUUUCAGUGUAAAUUAAAAA